AUGCUAGCUCUGCCAAGGUCGGUCUGGGGAGUGCCCUCUGCACACCCACUGCACUUUGCAGUAGCGGGUCACUCAGGAGAACCCAGGUCGGUUGCAGCCAAAUCCACAGAGUACACAUUUGCAAGGAAGCGAUCUUACAAACGUGCUGUGCGACGUGCUGCACAGGACCAGGCCCAGCAUACGGUAUAUCGAGGCCGUGUCUGUACCCUUCAGCAGCUCUGCAGAGGCUAUCGGGGACAUCGGCCCGCCCCCACGGCUGAGCGUCGUAUGCAGCAGGCCGCUCUGAAAGUCUCCCAGGGUCGCUUGUUGUUCCUCUCCUGGAAUGCCGGAGGAUUGUCCCAGGCCCUGUGGCAGGAAUUCUUAUUAACACUUGAGAAUAUGCAGCCUGAAGAACGUCCCCAGAUCGUGUGUGUUCAGGAAACUCACUGGACGGACAAGGUGGCACCCCAAUUUCCCACUGCCACGUGGGAUGUCUACACCUCUCCGACCACUGACAACAAAUCUGCUGGGCUCCUGAUUCUACUCAACAAGCAGACUUCCCGCAACUGCAGAAUUGUUUACGCCGACCCUCAACCGGGUAGGGUGCAACACCUGCGGAUACUCCAUGACCAAUGGGCAGUCGACGUGCUGCACAUCUAUUUGCCGGGUCGCAAUGCUGCCCAAGCCAUACAUCGGGUUGCUGCACACUGCAAGUAUGUACAGGAUCGCUGCUCGAUUUCAACACCCACGGUUGUGGAUCGUCACGCUCAACAGCCGAAACCCUGCCCACAUUUUGCAGGUGCACAAUUAUCGCUGGACCUGUCCAGCGCUUUUGACCUUAUGGACUGGCACCUGCUGGACAAGGCUCUACUUGCAUCCGAGGUUCCGGCUGAGUUAAGACACCAAAUCAUGUCCUGGCACUCCGAGAUCUCCUAUGUCCUUACCCACCUUGGGCACACUGCCAAGGUGGAGGCCCAAAGAGGACUUAGACAAGGGUGUAAACUGGCUCCGUUGCUAUGGACACUUGCCCUGGCACAGAUAUAUCGUGAGCUUCUUGCAGAGGGGGACUCGCUCCUCACAGCACCUUGGCUAGAGCAAAGCUCCACGAUUUAUGCAGAUGAUAUACAUCUCAAGGAUACCAUGCAGAACACUCGUGAGCUGGACGACAUGGUGUAUCGCUUCAGUAAGAUGCUUGAUGCUCUUGCUGCUCACGGUAUGGUCAUCAACUCGGCCAAAUCAGCACUGUUGCUGCGACACAAGGGAAGCUUCAUCAAAGGCUGGCUGCGACGACAUCUCAAACACACACCUGAGGGAGACCUACUUCGUUUUCGUAGCCCAUUGGGAAAGGUGUAUGAAAUCCCGUUGCGUGACCACCACACGUACCUAGGCAUUCGCAUCUCAUAUCAUUCCCAGGCCAAACAAGCAGUCACCUAUCGGCUACAGGCUGCGAAUCAGGCAUGGCAAAGACUUCGUGGUGUACUGUGCUCUACCAGGCACCUUGCUCAGACACAUCGUCUCAGUCUAUGGAAAUUCACACUGCUUCCCACGCUGCUCUAUGGCAUCGCGGCAUCCAACCCAGGUGCCAAGGAUAUCCAGCGUAUGCAGCAAAUGAUGACCAAGCAGGUCCGAGCCAUCACUCGAUCUUUUGCACAUCUUCAGAAAGAAUCCACACAUGACCUCCUGCAUAGAUGCUCUCCACAAUACUGGAGCAUCUCCAGCGGGAAGUGGAAACAGCUCGAGACACUGCUGCUACGCUCCACCUACAAGUACAACGCCAAUGGCAGGUACCUCAAGGUGACAAUGAGGGCAUCACCGAACCUGCUGUCCACCAGUGCCAGGAAUGUCACCGGGUCUUUACUUCCUUUCGGCUUCUACGCUCUCACGAGGCUAAAUGGCAUGGACUUAACACACCAGCUGCUGUCCCCGUGCCUUUUGAUAGGUAUGCUCAUGGAACAGAAGGUCUUCCUACGUGCAGACACUGUGCCCAUCCCUUCCGACAAUGGGAUGGACUUGUCAAACACAUCAAACGAAAUCGGUGCCAGGUACUCCGUAGACUCGCGACACAAUCUCCCGAUGAUGCCCAAUCCUCGGUUCCGAGAUCAACUGAAUCAGGCAUCUCCUCAGGAGACCCACAUUCUCCAGGAGGAUAAACAGCACAUCAUGACGCUUACCGCGGAUCCCAUGGAGCUGGACGAACAGGAGAGGCAAUUUUGGGCCCAGGCUGGUCCGGUCAAGAGGGAACAGGAACCACGAAGGGAUAUGCUGCAACCAGCAGAGCAAUCCAAGAGGCAGCGCCUGGCACCGCAGGAUCGGAACAAGGGCAAGGGCAAGGGUACCAAGGGCAAAGGCAAGGGAAAGCAGGGCCUACCAAGUCCAACAAGUGCACACCCGGCCAUGGGUUACACAAAUGGUUUCGGAAGCCAUCCACCCAAUCCCUGGACACAGACACAGGACUUGCAGCCACUGGGAAGUCCGGAUCCCGAAUGGAUGGAGCACAGGAUGAAUCGACUGACUCAGCUGGUCCUUCGUCAGGAGCAAAUCAUCUCAGCCAUCCGUCAGGAUCUGGUCCUCUACCUCUUUGUACGAUCUGGACCAGAAGGGAUGGUGCCAGUCUUAUGCGAUGCAGCGGAGAAGUGGAGGAAGAUGAAAGAGGAAGAGCCCGAGAAGAUCACUUACUCCCUCAAACUCAUGCUGUUCAAGCAACUGCUCAUCACCUUGCAUCAGAGGUUGACCACUAUGAUCGCGGACGAGGAUGCCCUUGCCAAAGCCAAGACCCUGAACUGGAUCGACGAUCAGAAACAUUGGAAACAUCUCACCUGGAAUCCCUCCAAACAGUGUCUGGAAGUAGACAACUCAGUGAGGCCAAUACCGGCGGAGGACCUGUUGGCCCAACUGGUUCAGAUGAGGAAGGCUGUUACGGAGGAGACCCUGGUGAGAUUCAAGUCCAUGCGGAAGCUCACCACGGAGGUGACCUCCGACUGGAUCCAAUUCCAGAUAUGCUUGUCACUUCGUCCAGAGGGUGGAGCCAUGUGGAGCACGCUGAACCAGUGGAUCGGUGCUCCAUUCGGUACAGUGGCUUAUGCUGCUGCAAGCCUGGUUCUCGCAUACUGGGUUCAAUGGUGGCUGGGAGGCCAGAAACUUUGUCCAUGCUUGGAGCUUCAGGAAGCCAUUGAUGGGUGGAGUGCUCAGGUCACAGCCCGUUAUGCACUGCUGACCCCGUCUUGGCUACUCUGCAUACAGCUUCAGCGAUUCACGAAUGCUGAGGGAGACAUGCGCAGGGACACCAGACCAAUGGUUAUGGCCUCGACUACAGUUCGUAUGCCUAUCUUUGCAGGGCUGAGCACUAUGCAAGUUCGAUAUGUUCACUAUCAGGUCGUCGCUGUACAGCUUCACUAUGGGGAAAAGACGGACCAGGCGCCGAUCAAGACCACGGAGCUGCAGAACCACCUCAAUCUCCUCGAGCAGAACAUUCCGAAGGAGGGAGUGAUUCUCAACUUCCGGUGCACCAAGAACAUGGAGGAGGAGAUACAGGGAGAAGUGUUGCCUUUCAUGGCUACGGUGGGUCUUCGGGCUCCGGACGCCGAUGCAACCUAUCGCGCCCUGAAAGCUCUCUCGGGAUGCACGGUGCGCAAGCUGAUCGGCACGAGGAUCAGACCCGAACGCCUGGCCCGUCAGCCGGUGGCCAAGCAGCUAGAGGAGAACUACCUGGCCACGUCGUACUGUCCGUGGACGCGGAGGCUGCCGAUGGCCCGGGUCACGAAUAGGCACAACUACUGCUAUGCUAACGCAGUGGCUCAGGCGAUCUACUGGAUGGGGGAAAUGUCCUGCAAUCCUGCAAUGGCCCAUGGAGGAGCGGAUGGUUCCUUCACGGUUCUAGGUAGGUCUGGUAAGGUUAGCUUGGUUGAUAGUCUUGUUUGGCGCGCUCUGUUGCGACAGUGGCCCCGGCCGCUCGAGCAGCACGAUGCAGGAGAAUUUAUGAACCAUGCCAUACGUUUGCUGAGCUUAUGGGCCACUCAGUACUCGGUGCGUGCACUGCAAGCACACUCUGGCAUGGUGAUCUUUCGUCUGCUGCGCUAUGACAUGGAGGGCGUUGCAUCCACAAAAAAUCAAGCCCCUGUGUACGUGCAGCCAAGUGAACUGGUGGCCCUACCAGUCUUCGAAAGCGAGGCAGAUGUGAGUGUCCGUCACGAGGCCUUCCGAGUGCUGUUCCAGGUAUUCCACCUAGGUCAGGAGGUUACAUCCGGUCACUACCAGUGUGCUGUUUGUGUUCCCAGUGAAGCUGACCCCGCUGGAAAGCCCGACCCGCCGAUCUACGUACGAUAG